AUGGCAACAAUGAAAACAAUCUCUUCAGCUAUAAAACUCAUCGACGUGAAGAAGGAACACCUCAGAAAAGCUUUCGAAGACCUCCAAGCCCACUCGUCUUCUUUCUCUUCCUUUAAUCUCAUGUGGUCUGACCUUGACUCAUACUUCUCCUCUCUCCAAUCCUCUCUCCAACACAAAUUCCGGCUCCUCCAAUCCCUUGAACCCCAAUCCCAACCAAAAAACCCACCUUCAUCUUCUUCAAAAAUCGCCAAAAAGUCUUCUGACUCGGUCUCCGUUCCGGCACGGCCCGAGUUGAAAUCGUUUUGUGAGAAGAUGGAUGGGUUGGGAUUGAGACAGUACAUAAUUCAGCGGCCCAAAGAAUGGGCCGCGAUUAGGGCGGAAUUGUGCGAUGCGUUUCGGUGUUCACCGGACGCGGGGGCAAUGGUUGUGAGCGCGAUGGAGGGGAUUUACGCAUGGAAUUCGAAUGAGAAUGCGGAGAUAUAUUCUAUAAGGAGGGGCCAAAAUGGAAAUUGGGGAGAAGUGAAGGAGAGAGCAAGGAAAUUGGCGAUCGAGUGGAAGGCGAAGAUGAGAGUGGAAGAGGAGGAGCCGUUGGAGGCUUUGGGGUUUUUGAAUCUUUUAGCGACCUAUGGGUUGGUGGAUGGGUUUAAUGUGGAUGAGAUUGUUGAUUAUGUUGUCGUUGUUGGGAAGAAUAGGCAAGCUUUGGAGUUGUGUCGAGGGCUUGUUCCAGUGAAUAAACUGUCUGAUGUUAUUCAAAAACUCAUUACCAAGGGCAAACGACUUCCGGCUGUCAAAUUUAUUUUUGAAUUUGAGCUGUCUGACAAGUUCCCGCCUGUACCCCUCUUGAAAGAAUAUCUAAUUGAGGCUAAGAAACUUGCAAAAAAUGUCCGCAAGACUGGAAACAACUCUCGUCAGUCACAGAAUGCGGCAACGAUGAAUGAAGUCAAUGCCUUGAAAUUAGUAAUUAAAUACAUUGAGGAUUACAAUCUUGAAUCUGAGUAUCCGAAGGGGUCUCUUAUAGAGCGCAUAGAAAAUCUAGAGAAGCAGAAGGCAGACAGGAAACGCUCUGCAGCAGCCCCCAUCCCCAAGCCUCAGCAGCAGUCAAAGGCACAAAAGCAGAGUGGAAGGAAGCGUUCUUGGACCACCACCCCAUCUGAUCCAACUGCAAUCACAGAGAGUGUUGCUAUCAAUUCAAAUGCUCCUCCUCCUCCUCUCCAACAACCUUAUCUACAAACAGCAGGUUUGUUGCCAGAUCGUCAUGCUUCAUACCUAAGUUCAUCAGCUGGGCCGUAUGGCUUUGCAGGCUCCACUCCUGCCAUGGCCUUAUAUUCAGGCUCAUCUGAUGGGAUGUAUGGGUUGUCGGGAGCCCCUCUGGGUGUUCCUGGGAGUCUUAACCCUAUUGAGUCCAGUAUACCUUCAGAAUCACACAUGCCAUCUGGUUAUUAUGAUCGGCCAAUUGCUUUUGGUGGGUAUGGUCUGCCACCGCAAUACCAUCCAUCUUACUAUCCUGAAUAG